GACGCUUGUUUAGGUUGACGACGGAAGCGUGUGGUGGUGGCGUCGAGGUCGCGGAUCAUAUGAUCGUGAUUCCGCAGAUCGCGUGAAAAGAGCUAUCUCGCGUACUCUAGCUAGCAGUUCGCCUUAUUUGUGUGAACGGCUGGGCUGCAGUGUACUUCGUGCAGAAGCUGGCACUUAACCGCGCAGCAAAAUGUUCGCGAGGGUGCUCUUCGCGGCGAGCGUAAUUUGCUUAAGCACUGCAGUUCCCAUAGCCAAGCCAUCAGAGAAAGUUUGCCAGACAUUGAGCACAUCAUGCCAAGACCUGUGGGUAGCGUCAUCAUGCAAAACUGUGAAACCGUGCAUAGAGAUGAUUUGGGAAAAGCUCGAAGUUCCCAUGGACAAGAGCGGUGUGUGCAACAUCUGCAAGGAAAUGGUUAAAGAAGCAAGAGACCAGCUCCUCAGCAAUGAAACUCAGGAGGAGCUAAGAGAAGUGCUUGAAGGCAGCUGUGCCCUCAUACCAAUUGGAUUUAUUAGUGAAAUGUGCAAGGAAGUGGUCGACAGUUUCAUUCCUGAUCUGAUCGACAUCCUUGUUUCGAGGAUGGACCCAGACCAAGUGUGCACAAUUGCUGGUCUAUGCAAUCCCGACUUCGUUACCAGGAAGCUUCAGAAUCUACUGCAGCACAAAGUCUUCAUAGCGUCAGUUCAGUCUCGCAUCUUCCUGCCUUUAACAAAAGAAGUAUCAGCAUUGAGCACCAAGAAGGAGGCCACAUGUACUCAAUGCAAAACAGCCAUGAAAUAUGCCAGGGAGCUGUUCCAGAAAUUACCCUUGGAAGGAGUCAAGUCUGCUGUCCUGAAGGUUUGCCACGAAAGGCUUGGCACAGCCAAUCCUGAGUGCUCUACAUUGGUAAAUGUUUUCUUGCCAUCAGUCUUCAAGUACCUGCAAUCACUGGACCCUGAAGAAUUUUGUGCGUAUGUGGACCGUUGCAAGUCUGUGAACCCGCCAAAACUGAGCAUCCCGUCACUCACCAAAGCAAAUGAUGACUUGACCUGCGACUUCUGCAAGCAGCUUGUGGAGCAUGUCAGGCAAAUGUUUGCUUCAAACACUACAGAGGAUGAAUUUAAGCAGGCUUUGCUGAACUUCUGUGAAGAGCUUGGUUCUGCUGCUGAAGAGUGCCAGAGUCUCGUUGAGAAGUACUAUGACACAGUGUACACUUACUUCCUUGAUGCUCUCGACCCGGAUGCUUUCUGCCAUACCAUCGGCCUGUGCACUACCAGCGGCAUGAAGUCUGAGGAGAAGGCACUCAACAAGAUUUUCAUCAAGGCAAUGCAUGGUGCACUCCAGCAGAAGGGCCACCUCAAGAACCUUAAGGCUGCCAAGAAAGUGAAGGGCUACCUGGAGCCACAACAUUCUGUUCCUCUCAUCAAGGUCUACCCUGCUUUGCCAAAGAAAUACUUUGACAACAACCAGUCCGACAUUACAUUUCCCAUGGUAAAGACCUUCCCUGCCCAGCAAAACACUAGAGUUGAUGACAUUUACACCUGCUCUAUUUGCAAGGCUUUCGUCACCCUUCUUGAGCAAGUCAUACCAAUGAAUGCCACCGUGGAAGACGUCAAGUUUGUUCUUGACCAAAUUUGCGAGCUGUUUCCUACAGAAACGGAAAGGAACUGUCGAAGCUUUGUUGACAAAAAUGCAGCGGUGAUCCUCAAGUUCCUGGCAAACGACGUUGCCCCAGCAGUCAUCUGCCACGAAAUAACUCUCUGCUCGUCACUGCCCCCCAAAAAUAUUGGUGCUGUUUCGGAUUCGCCAGAUUGUGACUACUGCAAGCUGACUGUUGAAUUCUUUUACGAUGAACUCAAGAAGAGAGAAACUGAGGAGGAAAUCAAGCUGAUAGUUGAGAAAGUUUGUCAACUGUUCCCAAGCAGCAGCAGGGACAAAUGCAUCAGCACAAUCAACACCUACGUGGACAUGGUCAUAUCCCUCGUCCUUCAGGAGUUCACCCCUGAGCAGAUUUGUCAGCAGCUGGGCUUUUGUGCCGCAACUAUUAAAUCUACGCCUGUUAUUCCACCCAAGAAAGUCUCGGAUGACACAUGUGACCUAUGCAUGGUUGUUGCCAAGUUUGUCUAUGACAAAGUGAAGGACGAGAGAACUGAGGAGAAGGUGAAGGAAGCACUUGACCAGGUAUGCUCUCUGCUGCCCAGCUCAUUGGAGCAGAAGUGUGUCGAAAUGGUCAACAACUAUUAUGACAUGCUGGUCAGCCUCCUCGUCCAGGAACUCGUCCCAGAUGAGGUGUGCAAAGAACUUGGCUUGUGCCCCUCCACAAAGAAAACUGCAAGUGUUCCUUCUAAGAAGCCUACAGACGAAGAGUGUGACAUUUGCAAGAUUGUGGUGAAGUUUGUCUACAAUGAAUUGCAGGACAACAAGACUGAGGAACAGGUGAAGAACCUCUUGGACAAGGUGUGCUCCCUGCUGCCAGACUCUCUGAAACAGACAUGCGCAGACACAGUCAACACCUACUAUGACGAGCUAGUGGAGCUUAUUGUGAAGGGCUUUACACCAGAGCAGGUCUGCCAAGAGCUUGGCCUCUGCCCUUCUGCAAAGAAAGCUGGGAUGCCCCCGGUUGCAAGUGUCCCUUCUAAGAAGGCUAGAGAUGAUGUUUGUGACAUCUGCAAAGUCGUGGUGAAGUUCGUCUACGAUGAACUGCAGGACAACAAGACUGAGGAGGAAGUGAAGAAGCUCUUGGACAAGGUGUGCUCUGUACUUCCGGAAUCGCUGAAACAGACGUGUACAGACACAGUCAACACCUACUAUGACCAGCUGGUGCAGCUCAUCGUACAGGGAUUUACACCUGAAGAAAUCUGCGAAGAGCUCGGCCUGUGUACUUCUGCAAAGAAAGCUGGGAUGCCCUCUGUUGCAAGUGUUCCUUCUAAGAAGGCUAGAGACGAUGUUUGUGACAUCUGCAAAGUCGUGGUGAAGUUCGUCUACGAUGAACUGCAGGACAACAAGACUGAGGAGGAAGUGAAGAAGCUUUUGGACAAGGUGUGCUCUGUACUGCCGGAAUCUUUGAGACAGACGUGCACAGACACAGUCAACACCUACUAUGACCAGCUGGUGCAGCUCAUCGUACAGGGAUUUACACCUGAAGAAAUCUGCGAAGAGCUUGGCCUGUGCACUUCUGCCUUGAAGAAGCCUGUUGCAACCAGACCUGCCAAAGUUGCCAACGAUGAAGAGUGCACAUACUGUACAACAAUAGUCCAGUAUGUGUAUGAUGCUCUUCAGGACGAGAAAACUGAGGAGGAGAUCAAGGAAGUGCUAGAUGAAGUCUGCAACCUUUUCCACGGAGAUAGGCGGCAACAGUGUGUUAACAUGGUCAACACAUAUUUUGAGAUUAUUGUAGCGCUCGUACUUCAGGACUUCACUCCUCAGCAAAUAUGCGAGACAAUCGGAAUGUGCCAAUCAUCUACUGGAAGAGAUAUCGAGUGCACCUUCUGCCAGUAUGCUCUUCACUUCAUCCAGAAUGAGCUUGUGGAAAAUAACACUGAGGCCCGAGUGGAAGCUGUGCUAGACAAAUUGUGCAGCAAACUGCCAAACGACUUGGCUAAGGAAUGCAUGGCAUUUGUGGAAGAGUAUGGACCAGCCGUCAUGGUUCUCCUUGCUCAGGAGAUAGAUCCCAGCAUAGUGUGUGUGGCUAUCAAGGUCUGUCCCAAGGACGGGCUUCAGAAACAGUCUGACAUGAAGCUGAAGCUGAGUGAGUGUGCCACCUGCAAGGCUGCUACCAGCUAUGUUGAGAAAAUACUCAAGGACACCAAGAACGACCAGGAGGCUGCCAAACAAUUGGCAAAUGCUUGUGAUCAUGCCCCUAAGGCACUUCAGUCUCAGUGCAAGGCCUUGAUUAAAACCUAUGGGCCAGCACUCCUCCAGACUAUUGCGCAGGUUGGCAGUGGUGAAAAAGCAUGCAAGAAGCUAGAUAUCUGUUCCAAUGAUGCUGAGCCACACAAGCAUCGGCAGCUGAAACUAGGCAGCAAUCCAUGCACGCGAGGUCCAGCCCACUGGUGUCAUUCGAAGGAGAAUGCCGCAGCUUGCAAGGCCACCCAAUUUUGCCAGAAGAAGGUGUGGAAGCAGUAGUGCCUCUUCCUAAUUUUGUUUGAUACUCAUUUUACAUAGCGCUUUUUUAUUAGAAUUACAGCACAAUGAUACACACAAUCUUUCGUCUUUGUUAUAUAGUUAGGUAGAAUGAACACACUACUUAAAAAAACCAAAGCAUUUUGUUUUGUUUUCCUUGAACUUUUUAUGCCUGUUUCCUUUUAGCGUACAUAAUGUUUUUGAGUGUUCAAACAACGUACAUACUCUUUGUCGGUUUCUGUGCACAUUUUCGAAACUUGGCAAUAAACUUUUGAGUACUGGUUUUA